AUGCGAUGCCGAGACACAGUCCCCGUGCUGGUGGGACUUAGGAGACAUGGGCAAACUGACUCAGCGACAGCUCUAACGACGGAGAAAGCUGGCGUGACUUCGGGCACUCCAACCCCCUCUUGGACUGAGGUAAUUAAGAAAGGGAAGAACAAGAAACCUCCCACGUCAGCGGAAGUAGCGGAAAAAACUGAAAAGGCAGAAAAACCCGGAGCCACGCGACCGCGAGCCAGAGCGCGGCCGUCAGCAAUCCUGGUAAACGUUGGUGAUAUGCAAUUCCCGGAGCUAGCCAAGAAGAUACGCGGGGGCGUCAACCAGGCGAUCAUCGGUGACAGUGUUGUGGGCAUGAGACAGGCUAAAUCUGGCGGCCUACUCAUUGAAGUUCGCGGUGACCAGGAGCACAUAGAAGCGGUCCGUGCUGAAGUCGCUAGGUCUGCGGGGCCCGACGUCCAGGUGAAAUCCCUACAGCAGAGGGCACUGGUGGAGAUAUUGGACCUGGAUCAGUGGACCAGCUCUGACGAAGUCAACCAAGCGGUGGCGGGUGCGGCAAGCAUCGGGCAGGACACCGUCAAAGUGGUGAGCCUCAGGAAAAGGUUCGUCGGCUCACAGCUGGCUCUGGUAUCUCUUCCCCAAGUGGCCUCGCGGAAACUGACCAACGCAGGUCGGCUGCGAAUUGGCAUGGUCAGUUGCAGGGUCAGAAUGGCCGACACCAAGGUCAGGUGCUUCCACUGCCUUGCUUUCGGACACACUUCAAACAAUUGUGAAGGGCCCAGAUAG